UCAGUAUCGCCAGUCAUAUGGGUAAAAAUGGCUGCUAAUUUCUAAUGCUUCUCUUCGAUAGUGACAAAUAAGCGCUGUUUCUCCUUUCGUUGAUCACUCGCUGUCAUGUUUUCCGAAGGUAAAUUUGAACCGAAACGGAUUUUUUUAAAUUUUUAAUCGUGGAACGCUUAAAGGGACUCCGUACAUCUGUCUUACCGGCAAGUGCUUGACUUUACAGUUGCUGUGAUUAUAUUUUGUGGUUUUAGCUUCAGCAGUGUGUUUGUGCUCGAGUUCCCUCUAUAACAGCAGUCGUGUUUGUGGGCGAGCCGGGAAGGACAUAAAACUGGGGAAAUGUUUAACAUUGGUUAGCACUGUCGGGUCAGGAUCUGCUGGAGGUGAUAAAGAAGGGAUCGAGGACACUAUUCCUGUUUGUGUUUAUUUGGUGAUUCGGCGCAACUGGCGGUGUCGUGUUGGGUCAAUGUUGCACACACUGAAGGAGGUAACUCAUAUUGGAACACCUACAUGGAUCCUUAUGUAUAGACCUUCAGAACAGACUGUAUGAUCAUUUGAUAGUACCUUUUUCCCCAUGUCAUUCUUAAAAGACAAAAAAUGAUUGGUUCCCCUGACCUGGUGGCUCUGACGAAAGAUGACGAUUAUGGGGACACGUAUGUAGAUCCUUCUUUAAUCCCGGAGGAGUUUUCUGUGCCUCUGUUCCCCCAUGCUGGGAAUGCCAAUCCCUGGUCCAAGACUUCCUUUGCGAAAUUCACCAAGGAUUUCAUCCUCAUCUCCGAGUUUUCCGAGCAGGUCGGCCCGCAGCCGCUCAUAACCAUCCCAAAUGACUCCAAGGUUUGUGGAACCUUUGAUCUCAACUAUUUCUCCCUCCGGAUCAUGUCUGUGGACUACCAAGCCUCGUUUGUGGGACACCCCCCGGGCUGUGGCUACCCAAAGCUCAACUUUGUGGAGGACUCGAAAGUCGUGCUCGGGGAUUCGAAAGAAGGAGCCUUUGCCUACAUCCAUCACCUGACCCUGUAUGACCUGGAAGCCCGCGGCUUCGUCAGGCCCUUCUGUAUGGCCUACGUCUCGGCCGACGAGACCAAGAUAAUGCGGCAGUUCCUGGAGCUCUCGUCCGAGUUCUCCAAGGCUUCCGAGUGCUUGAAAACGGGAAACCGGAAGGCGUUCGCCAGCGAGCUGGAAAAGAAGCUGAAGGACCUGGAAUACACCCGGACUGUUCUCCACAGGGAAACGGAGCUGCAGAAGAAGACCAACGGCUGCUACUCCACCCAAGCAAUAGAGAAAGCGAACGAGCUAGCCAACGUCGAAAAAUCCAUCUAUGAACACAAAGAUCUUCUGAAGCAGAUCUCCUCCUACCCGAACCGCAAAACUAAAGACCCUGAGUUUCUACCCUAUGAGCUUGACAACCCGCCUGACUCCGCCGAAGCAGACCAGGACUCGGUUAGUAAUGACCCGAAUCGUGAAGAAUUGGCCGAAGACUCGAGCUGUGCACGCAGAGCGUCUUACACCCCUCAGCUCAUAAAAGCAAAGUCUGCUAAAUGCUUUGACAAGCGCCUAAAAACUCUAGAGGAGCUCUGUGAUUUGUACUUCUUCAAUCAAACGAUGGACCAGCUGACGCACAUCGAGAAGAUGUUCAGAGGAGACCUGUGCUACAUCCACACCAGCCAGAUCGAGCGAGCCCUGCUGAAGCAGCAGAAAAUCACCGACUUCCUGUUUGAGGAUUACAAAGAGUGGGAGGAAGAAGAAGAAGAAGGAGCUGAGAAGCAGCCGUAUGAGGAGAAGCUUACUCUGGUCUGCAACAUGCCUCCUUCCUCCCCUGUCUUUCCAGGCGAGCCAAUGAGCCUAGAGUCCUACACCUCCUGCGUAGAGACCGUUCCUAUUAAAAUGGAACAGGACGUAAGUGAGGAUGGAUUGCACGACACCGAGCUGACAGAGUCCGGCCCCUGUGACAUCACCCAGGACAAUUUGGAAGAGUCCAUGAAUGCUGAAAUGAAGGGAAGUGUGGGCAGUGGGGAAAGCAUUGAAGUACUAGGGACUGAGAGGUCCUUCCCAGCUCAGGGACCCGUGAUGAAAUCCGAGAGUCUGGCAGUCCACCAAGGACAGAAUCCGGAAGUGGACAGAAGGAAAGAGGCGAGCAGGAGGACUAAUAGCGAGGACAGCAUCGAAGUCUUAAGCACCACGGAAUCCGUCAUACCCGAAGAUCUGAGAGCAUCGUACGCCUGCGCCGUUCACGAAGAGGACCCCGGUGUGGAGGCCUGGGGCGGAGACUCUUACCAGCAGGGCUUCCCUGCUCCGAGGCAGCACUUGGACGUGCAGGAAGCCGGCCGUUACGAAAACAUCCGGGUGGAUUCCAGCUGCUGCCUGGGGCAGGAGGGCCGGGUGUGCGAGGAGCCCUCGACCGAGCUCGCGCAGGAGUGCUGUGCCAACGGGGUGGUCAAAGAGGAGCCCCUGUCGUGCCGGCAAGGGGACCCAGCUCUGCAGGUGGAUUUCUGCCUGGCGGAGGAGGGCGCUCCAGGGGGGCAUCCCGCUUCCGAGCUGAACCCCAACUAUCUCUCUGACGAGGUGUCCAGGAUGAACCUGGAUGACGCCUCGGACAGCACCAGCUUCAUGAGUGCCUCCACCAGCUCCGACAGGGCGUCGUCCCCGUUCCUCCCUGGCAACCCCGUUACUGUGAAGCACAAGAAGAAGGCGGGGCAGAGCGCCCUGAGAUUUAUAAGACAAUACCCGUUUGCUCAGCAGGCCAUUUUCUGCCUGCUGAGCGGGAGGACUCUGGUGGUGCUGGGUGCUGACGAAGGAACCGUGCGCAAGCUGGUGAAUGCCUUAUCCAUCUUUGUCCCCAAUCUGGGCAAGUACGCCGAGGCUGUCAAACCCUGGGUAACCUCCCCCUUCCAAAUAACAGACCUGCAGAACUGGAAGCUUAUUGGCCUGCACAGGAUGGCCUCCCCCACAGGUUCCAGCAUGCUGUAUUCCCUGAAUCGCUAUAGCCGCUACAUCAGCAUCGUGGACACUGAUCACAAGACCCUGCGUUCCCCCGCGUACAGAGGCUCACUGGUCAGCAGGCUGGCCGACCACCGGACGCAGAUUAAGCGAGGCAGCACCUACUUCAUGCACGUUCAGAGCAUGCUGACCCAGCUGAGCUCCAGGGCCUUCCUCUACACCUUCUGCCAUCACCUGCACCUCCCCAUCAGCCCCGAGGAAGGGCAGGAGUCCGUGGCCUCCCGCAGGGCCAGCUUCCUGCACCACAUCCUGGGCUGCAAGGAGGAGGAUGCAAGGAUCGUGCACUUCCUGUCUGAGCUCAUCAAACAGUUCUACCUGCAGGGGCCGAGAAAGGGCGCGUUUGCAUUUAACUACGUCACCAGCUUUUUGUACAAAAUCUAGUUGAAUUGGUUGGCAGUUGUGCAGUUCCUGGUCCUUCUCUCCCUCCCCGCCACGUCGAGAGGGGAGAGGUAAAAUGAAUGUAAAUGAAUGUUUGGGUUCUUGUUUCCCUCCUGCGUUUCUUGGGAUGACCUGCUUCCUGCCAUUGUCAGAGCCGACGUCUUUGGGUGGUUGCUGGAGCAGAAAAUGGAGGUAUUCGGCAUUUUAUGCAUUUAAAUAACGAAUGCUGUUACAGUUGAAGUUCCCAAUGCUAUUUAAUUCUUUUUUUUUUUUGCCAUGUUGUCAAACUCUGAAUCUGAAUCAUGUGUCCAAAUAUCAGCAGAACAGACUUUUGCUACUGCAGUUCACAGUACUAUUUUAACAUCUGCGAACUUUAGCAGCAAUUAGUGACAAUAAACAUUUGGCCUACUCAUAUUAAGUAUACAAGUGGUGAUAUUUCUUAUUACAUAUUUUUUUAUAUUGAAAAAAACAACAGUAUAGAAAGCAUAACUUGUCAUACGUGAGAGACUAUUGGAGGGUCAUCUAUAGGAAGGAGAACUUGGAUUGUGGUGCAUACUGAACCCUUCCAAAGGAGACCUAAGCAUUUCUACACGAAACAGAACCAGAGACAUUUUGGUUCACUUUUAAAAAAGAGCCUUUUGGCUUUUCAAAUCCUACCAACAAUUAAAAAUUGCAAACCUAAUAACCUAUGAUGGGUUCUUUUCAAGUUGCUGUUUCCCUCCACCCAUUGAAUACCCAAGAUUUCUUGGCUGGUGAUUGUUGAUUGGCAGGCAGGCCAAACUUUUAAUUUAAUCUGGAUUUUAUUCUGUUUUGAGUCAUUGUGCUCUUUGGCUCUUUAGAUGGCAAGUCGAGCAACGCAGUGUGUGGCCAGACGUGUCAGCAGUGCAUGUUGAAAUGUUGUUGUUUUUUUUCUUGUCUUAAUGCAGGGGUUAGGAAUGAAUUCCGAAAAUAUAAGAACUUUCUUGGAAGAGAUUUGCCCAGCCUGUUUCCUGAAUUAUCCUCUAGGACCCCGAGUUUCUGAUUUAUCCUUUCUGAUUUAGACUACCAACCAUUGAGCUUGUUUAUUUCACACUCUCAGCUGUCCUGGAGGUGAAGCUCUGUUUUUUUUUUAAUCCAGUGACAAAGGAAUCAUUGCCAAAAAGCAGUCGUUAUUUACUGUAGCUGUAUUCUGCAGAUCCUUCGCCCAUCCUCAAGGUUUGGUCUGUGCUAAUCGACCAACGCUGGCAAACACUGAAAGUCUCCUAAAAGCCUACAGCGGCAACCUGCUACAGACACAAAUGAUGAACAAUUAGUUGACGUUCCUCUGCAUCUCCCCGCUUGAAUCUCUGAUGAUAAUAUAUGUAUGUUGUGUUGUUUUCUUAUGUAGGUGGAUAGGCACCGAGUGUCAAACUCCGAUUAGGAUAGGUUAGGUGGAAUGUAUCUCACCGUCUAGCCUAACUUGAGAAGCUCAGUCCUCUUAGAAGCAGUUAUUUUAAGCAAGUGGCACACACUGCGCGUGCCUCUAGAAUGGCAAUCCUGUGUUGAACAUGAUGGACAAAGAGUUAAAAGAUCAGCAUGGCUGGGGUUUCAUUUAGAAAAAUAUCUGGCAUGCCUUACGUGUGCUUCUUUUCAAUGCCAAAGGGGGUUAAAUUAAGCGCUUCAAUGUUACUGUAACUUUUUGUUGUGUUUUUAUUUUUCCUUAACACUCAUACUAGAAUUGAUCCAGUAGUGUGUGAAAAUGGUCUAGCAUGCACUGCAGAAUAACUUCCUCCGCUGAGGAUGAAAUUCAGGUUAUAUCAUAAUACAUGACUAGGAGCACUACAAAAGCCAUGAUUGAAUCUCCUUAAUUUCUAAAGAGCAUUGCGUGACUUAUCAUUAGAUAAAUGAGACUUUUAUCUGACUAUUGACAGUGAUAUAGAGUCAGUUAUCAUUAUCUAUGCAAAGCUUGUUUUUGUGCAAAACAAACCAGUAUUAUUGCUUUAUUAAAUUUAGCAACAAUACUUUUGCUCCUCCUAGCCAAAAGGGAUUCAACCUUAUUAAUACAGAGCGAACUGUUUUCUUUUAACAAAAUAUAGUCUCCAUUUCAUAGCAAAAGUCUCCAUUUCAUAGUAUCUGUUCUAAUAAGGACUAAUGAGAAUUAUUUAAGACUCAUCUCAAAAUAAUGUAUCUGUCUGCUGCUAUAAUUUAAAAUACAGCUGGAGAAAUGUGAGAAUUUUUCAUAUUUAUUUUCGCCUUUUUGGGAAACAUUUUUGUAAUGAAUGUGUCUACAAUGUGCUCAUUUUUGUAACUGGAAUUAAGACUAUAACUGGGAGGCUUUGGGGAGUUUGCCUUCUGAAGAGCUAUGGCUGCUUUCAAAGGCUUUUCAGUUUUUCAAAACUAACCAGCAUUAGUAAUUUUGUUCUUGUGUCUGUUUUGACUGAAACCCCUUAGAAAGUGUUGUUUGCUAACUAAAUGUUGGCAACAGAAGACACAGGAGGCAGAUAUUUUUAUAAUGUGUUAGUAUUCUUUUUAAAUUGUACAUAAUAGAAUAUUUUCAGUUUUGCAGAAGUAUCCGCUGUAAAGCCAUGUGUAACCAAAAAUCGAUUCUUGUUAAGUGAACAUCCUGCAUCAGAUAAUCAGGGAGUCCCAGAGCCUGAUUACCUCAGCUAAGCCAUAGUGUCCCAGUCAAUUUCAGUUCUGAAUUGAAAAAAGGAAAAAAGUGUUUUUGUCAUUUUGGGGUUCCCAACGUGUUCUGGUUUUAAACUGUAUUCUUCCAUCGCGGUCUGCCUAGGGCUGAACACGUCCUUCUUGGUUAAGUAGCAUCUUGAGAGAGAGAAAGCACAAAGAAAGAUUUUUGCCAGGCUUAGACCCUGCACAGACACACACGGUCUGCACUACAGAAUACUCAGCAAUUGUGGAGAAACCAGUACAAAAUGAGAAGCCUAUUGGUUAUGCAUGGAAAAAAUAAGUGCUGCGAAGAUGCACCAACACUGCAUGCUCCAAUGUAUUUGAGAUAUUUUUGAAACUGCCCUGUCAUCUCCCCCCUUGUGCCCCAGUAGUAACUUGAAAUUGUUGUGGAACACAUUCAUUAAAGUAGGGCGUUUAUAUACCUCCGUCCAUAGUUUGAAACAUGCACAGGUACUUGGGUAUGAGCAUGGCUUUUCUUAAUGCUGGUAGCUGUGUAGUAUACCAUAACAUUGCUGUUGUAUAUGUGCACUCUUACAAAUGUUUUAUUUUACUAGACUUGUGUCUUCCCUGGCAUGCAGGUAACUGUUGGUAAUUGACAGAUUUAUUUUUUAUUUCACUAUAUAAAUGUAAGUCGUUAAUGGUUUGGUUUGACCAUUUGUUUUUUAAUACUACAUACAUCUCAUUAUGUAAAUCAGAUAAUUUAGUGCUCAACCUGGCCAUCGGUCACGUGGGUACGAAGGUAACAAUAAAACAAAACCAUUUCUCUCUUCGUCACAGAAUGUAUUAAGCGUGUUUGUGCGGAAAGUAGAUGACUUUAUAAGAUGACCACCGUAUUAUAAAUCUCGUUUCUAACAGUUUCAAAGUCAGAAAAUCUUGAUAUAAACAUUUGUACACCAGAUGUUGUUCUUAGAAGGUAGUCAAAUAGAAAACCUUAGAGGCUCUAGUCAAUGAAAAUUGCUCCAAAAAUACUUUUGAGUGUAACUGGCGCAAAUCAGAAAUUUAAAGGUGUUUUGUUAAGAGUUCUGCAGAGCUUGGCACUAGAUACCCUGAUCUACAAGCCAUUAUCUUGUCGGAUAUCCUGAUAUCUCCCUGUUGAGGUUGCUAAUCCCAAUCCUAGAGGAUCACAAACCUGCUGGUUUUCAUUCCAGCCCAGUUGAAUUACUUAAUUGAAGCCUUAAUUGAACUAAUAUGUUGCUUCCUUGUAACAUGUUCGAGUUAUUUUUGUACUCAGGAGUUUGGAAUUUCAUGUUACUUAUGAAAUGCAAUAGUAAAAAUGCUAACUCCCACCAUGUUUAAGACUUGAACGUAAUUAAAACAGUUGUAGUUCAUCCUGUUAUUGAGUCACUGAGGGGAUGGGUAACCGAGAGCCAGGCUGGACCACAGACCAGCAGAAGUGUGGAUCUCAGGAGCAGCAGUACUGGGAUCAACUGCCAUGUAUGAACAUUUGAAUUUCAAGUUUGAACUUCCUCCUUUCGCUGUGGGGAAGUCUUAUUUUUACUUAGUUCCGUCUUGGAAGAAGGCACCUUCCUUACUGGGCUGUUGUCGCAGUCAUGUACCCAAGAGGAUUUGAAAGUGAGCAGUUUUUGUAUUCACUGUAAAAGUAUGGGCAUGCUGCACACACAAAAAUCACAAUUAAGCUGAACUGCUCAUUUAAUAAAUCAGUAAUAAAAAGGAUUAAUCCAUUAAUUUCCUCCCAUGCAAAACUUGCAUUACAUUUCAUUAAAAUGUUUAAUUAAUCUACAGAAAACAAGUUGUUUUGGAUGUACUUAUAUUGAAUAUUGAGUAAUAGGCACAUCUUUUUUUUCCCCCAAAGCAUAUUGGUUACUGGUGUUACAGUAUGUGCUAGUCUUUCAAAACGUGCCAUAGAAACCUUCCUUCUUCAAUAAACUGAUAUGAUGAAUUAUACUUGUAAUUAUAUUUACCAAGUUACGUUUCUCUUUAACUUAUUUGCUUCACUGAAGGAAACCGACGCCAAAAAGGGUGUUCUGAAGAUUGAGAACACAACAGUCUGCUGUUGGUUCGUUUGUAUGAAGGAACCAUAUGUGCAUUUUUUCUUUAAACUGGAAAUUCAGAUGCCAUGUACUUUUAUUUCUCAGGCCUUAAACAUUUUCCUCAUGACACAAGCAUUUAUUUGUACAAAAACUGCCUAAGUUCCAUGCAAAACUGGAAGAGUAUUGUGCAGUUUGAAUCUCAGAGCCUAUAGUCUGUCCUCUACACUUAAGAUUGUAUUUUUUCCCCAAACUUGAAUACUUCUCCUUUACACUGACUGUAAACAGAUUUAUUAAAUUAGCUAAUUCAUUGAAUCUAACAAAGCAUUAAUAUUACACCUCUUCCUAAUCUUCCAUUGCUGGUAAUGUAAAGCAACAAGAAUUGCACUAUGAUUUGUACUGUUUAAUUGCCUGCAUGUAACCCAUUCUUUGUACAGGUCAAAUGAUUUGAUCUUUUUGUUUGAAUAAACUGUGAAGCCAUUCUCUACACUAUCCUCUCUUAUGUGUAAUGAGUGACUACAAGGUAAACCAUCUAUAACCAACCUUUAGUUGGUUGAAAAAGCUUUUAAUCAUGCAAAUGUUCGGCAUAAUUGUUUUAUUUAAGUUUGCACACAAGUGUUUGAUGGUUUAAAAUGAUUUUUUGUUGCUUUUAUUCAUUUUAUGUUUCGUUUGCUCGAAGUCAUUCAACUGCGAAACACCCGACUACGAAAGCAUUAAUUUAAUAAAGGGUUCAAAUCUG